UAAUGGACUCAAAGUGUGAGAGGUAUUUGGAUGUAUUUUCUAGCUUGAGGGAAAAACCAAAAUGCGGAGUACGCUAUUUCGAAUGGGAUGAGAAUUCCAUUUUUCCUAAAGUCAGCGAGACUCUGGGUGUAUUGGUGAAAGGAGGUAGCGAUGAUGAAGAAUGGAAAGAUUUGGGAAAAGGCGUUCCCCUUGGGGAGUUUUUUAAUUUCAAAAAUAAUGACGGAAUUACUAUUUAUGGAUGCUUGUAUCGCCCUGAAAAUUUUGUUCCUGGAAGAAAAUAUCCCACUCUUUUGAAUAUUUAUGGUGGACCUCAAUCUCAGAUGGUAACUAAUGACUACAAAUACCCACGGUUUCAUCGACUAUUUCUUGCAACUCGACUUGGAUUUACAGUUGUUCUUAUUGACGGCCGUGGGUCUUCAAAUAGAGGC